UGAGCACAGUUUAAAGUCACGCAAAGCAUCGCGGGUCUUGCAAUUUAGUCAGUGAACACCAGUCGAUCAAUUGACACAGAGGUGGAUAGAUAAAGUAAAAUAUAAUUUUUCGAAUCCACGUAUCUUUGCACCGUUUCUCGCAUCUAAGAAAGGCAACAAUCUCAGAAAGUGUGUUCAAAAGAAGCGGAGAAUAAGCAAAAGAAUCGGUCCUUUAUUGAGCGUCCAACGGUGGUUAAAAAGCGAACACGCAAUACUUUGGAAAAAGGUGAAUCAUGGAUGCAAUAAGACUUGAAUACGUAGCGUGAACUGCAAUUAAUGUUGAAAGAGCUAUUUAGAUCCGGGGAAUGAAGAAACAUUGCAUACUUUAUGUCGUAAUUUUUUGGUGAAUGUCCAGUUUGGGUAAUGUAAUUACUUUCUAAAGCAUUCCGAAUUAUAUGUAUGGAAAAACAGAUUCUUCAAUAAUUUUGAUUUGUUUCUUAUAAUGGAUUUAGUCCCACUCUGUUUUUUUUUUUUUUUUUUAGACAAUUUCAGUCCAAUCGUAUUUUUUUUUUUUUUUUUUUUUUUGUAUCGUUAACAGGUGAAGAAUUUGCAAUAAUAAGGAAGCAGCCGUGAUAUUCAAUAUUAUUUAUUGGAAGCGAAAGAAAGAUAGUAUAGGUUUCAUAUUCAAAAAUGCAAAAGUUUGUUACUACGAAUAUUAAUUGACUAUCAAUUUAUAGCACGUUUAAGAAAUAACUUGAUUCUGACUGAUUUUGAGUUGGCUUCUAUUGGUUCAGUCAAAUUAUCGAAAAAUGCAACUACCUGCAUAUUGCCACAACCCCUUCGAAUUUUUCGUUUCAAUCUUUCCUUUAAAGCAUUGAACAUCUUUUUGUUUGUUAAAACAAAAGCAUUAAAAUUCGAAGACUAAAGGAUUAAAUUAGCAAUAUCUCUUGUGGUUCAAGAAUAUAAAUGCAGCUACCGGAAUGGACCAUCGUAAUAUACGACCUUCUACUUUUUACGGGGAUGGCGAUUAUUUACAUAAGCGAAGCUAUUAUUUUGACGUUUAUUCCGCGACGUUAUCGCGUGAAGUCUGUGAAAGGUGAGAUCGCCCUAAUAACGGGAGGUGCGGGAGGAAUUGGACGAUUGAUUGCAAUUAAACUGGCAAAUCUUGGAGCACACGUUGUUAUCUGGGAUAUUAAUAAAACUGGACUUAAGGAUACAGUCCAAGAGAUUAGACGCAGUGGAGGAAAAUGUUGGGGUUACUAUUGCGACAUCACCAGUAGGGAAGAAGUUUACAGAAUGGCAAAGAUAGUGCAGAUCGAAGUUGGCUCGGUAACAUUAUUAAUAAAUAAUGCAGGUUACGUAUAUGGAAAAACGCUUUGGGAAUUACCAGAUGACGAGAUUAUACGUACUUACAAAGUGAACAUUCUAUCCCACUAUUGGAUUACCAAAGCAUUCAUGAGGGAUAUGAUGAAAAAUAAUCACGGUCAUAUUGUAACUGUAGCAAGCGUGGCAGGACUUCUAGGGACCUAUAAUUGUACUGAUUAUUCGGCGACUAAAUUUGCGGCUAUCGGUUACCAUGAGAGUCUCUUCACUGAACUGAAAGCUCACGAGUACGACGGAAUUCACACCACUUUAGUUUGCCCCUAUUUUAUAAAUACGGGUAUGUUUCACGGGGUAAAGCCAAGACUGAUGCCAAUGUUAGAACCUGAGUAUGUUGCGCAAGAAGUUGUAUCUGGAAUAUUAUUAAAUCAAGUAAUCAUUGUAUUACCUGGAUCAGUUAGAUACCUCCUGCCACUGAAAUGCUUAUUGCCAGCAAAAUUAUGCUGGGCAUUAAUGUAUCAUAUCAUACAAGGACCACAAUCUAUGAUGAUGUUCAAAGGAAGGGGGGAAAUACAAGCAUUGAAGAAUAACAAUAACGUUGCGAUAAUGCUCAAAGAAACUGUACAUUAAUAUAUAGAAAUUCAACCGUAUUUGUGUUAAGUAGAGAUUAGCAUGACACGAAUUUCAUUCAUUAAUACCAAGUCUGAAUAUUUAUUUGUAAAUUAUUUUCGGUGACUUUCUUUAAUUUUUAAAUGUCACGUAUAUUUGUAAUAUAAUGUAAAACAA